AUGAGUUGGGUGAACGCGUUUAAAACAGUCGCAGUGAAUGUGUACACCCAAAAUAGCACUCUGCGUACUGGAACCGCUUCCAUGUUCGAUCUGAUUAGGCGCAAAUCAACUAAAAGUUUGAAUCCCAAUAGACAUUCUUCCAUUUGUCGAAGAUAUCCAAAGGACCGAACACCGUGCUUCGAUCCCAGCACAAUAACGAUAGAAUACGGUCGACAAUGCCACGCUCGAUUAAUUCGUUCGUUUCUUUACACCGAGCACUGGCCUCGGGAACCAAGUGUGGUUGGUUUAUGGAUGCCAUUGGAAUCCCCCUAUCUGGAUACGCUUACUGAUAUGUAUUCAUAUUCUGGGGAUCGUUUCUUAGCUUACGAACGCAUCAAACGAACAAACGAACGAAAGUUGGUUGGAGUGUGCGUGUGCACUAAACAGUACCCUUGGAUGAUUGACGAGCUCGAGGAGUGGGCUCACGUCACGGCCUCCAGGCCCGAGAGACAUAGGAUGUACUUCUGUGCACACUGCCUGAAAAGCCCCAACUUCUUCAAAAAAUAUAAUGUCGAUUUUAUUUAUGAGAUUGAAGUUCUAUGUGUUGCUCAAGAAGUUGCUUCUCACGGUGUGGGUCUAAUGUUGGUUAAGAAAGCUUUGGCUCAUGCGGAGGACUUACGGUAUCCUCUCGUCCAAAAUAUCGCUGUCAGUCAGUAUACAGCUUCGCUCUGUGAACGUGCUGGCAUGAAACGUGAUUGGACUAUGGACUACUCGGAGUUCGUAGACGCGGCUGGCCAGCGCGUAUUCUUCCCUAGACGGCCUCAUCACACAGUUGGCAUCUACGUCAAAUAUUUUGAUCCAAAAAAGAGCUUGGAAUUGCCUUGUAAAAAACCAUUCUAG